AUGUCCCUUCGGUCCACCACAGGGUCGCUUUUGCGGAAUAGGAAGGUGCUUUUCCUCCUCUUUGUUGGCCUUUUUUUCACCGUCACCAUCCACACUUUGCACGGUCAAGGCAUCUCAGUCCAGUACCGUGAAGAAUUACCCCAUCAAAAAAUCCUCGACUACGAGACAGUGCACCUGACGCUUUUGGAGAACUACUUGGUUACCGAUGUCAGGAUCCAGAAGUGUGCCAAGGGCUUCUCGUGUCUGGCGCCCAAGCAGACCUCUGACAAGGCUGUUUGGCACAAGAUUGACACCAAGCUCAAUUUGCACGCCAAAUCCUCCUCCAUGUUCAACUACUACCUUUACGUGGAAAAGACUCACGCCACCAAUACCGGCCGCUAUGUCACCGACAUCCAGUUUACUCCCUCUGCCAAGCAGCCUACGGAUAGGAACAAGUGGUUUAGUCACAAGGUAGCAUCCUCGCUUUACAUCUGGAUCAAUUACAUGGAAGUCGCUGAUUUCGAGACGCCAUUGGUUCGUGACUUCAACAUUCUCUUUGGCACCCACGACAUGCAAGACUCCAGAGAUCACUGGCACUACCAAACCCUGCCCAUCACCUUGCCUGUUGAACAGACCAUCUACCCCCAUGCCUCGCUCUUGUCCGUCUCGAUCAAUGAGGAAAUGCCAAUUAUAAACCAGUCCAUGGAGUUCGAGAACGUUCUCAAGAAGAAUGGUAUAAUCACCACUGUCGAUCCCAAGUUCAAGAUUGCCCAAAUUAGCGACUUGCAUAUUGGUGUUGACCAGGGCCGUUGUAUUGGAGACGAAUGCAAGUUCGACAAAAAAACCUUGGACUUCAUUGGUAACCAGCUUGACGCUGAGGCUGACGUCAAGUUGGUGGUGGUCACCGGUGACAUGAUUGACUUUGAACGCGUCAAGCACCUCGAGUCUGCCGUGCUCAAGGCACUCUCCCCAAUCUUGAAGCUCAAGAUUCCAUUUGUGUUCACAUUUGGUGAUUCGGACUGGGACUGGGACAACUACCGCACGAAAAUCAAUAUUCUCAACUUUGUUGCCAGCUUGCCUCGCUGCUACAACAAAAACAUCAACCAUGUUGACCACCGUAUGCAUGGAUUGACUAACUACAACAUCAAAAUCUUCCAUGAGCCACCUGCUGCCGAGGGCACCACCUUCGAUUACAACCUGCUCGAUCUCUCGAAGCCUAAUGCAAUUGCAACUGUGUUGGAUUCGGAGCAUGUCGAGGUGGACAACACCCAGACAAACUUCAUGUAUCGGGCAACACUGCAGCUUCCUCCUGAUAUGGAGUACAGACUCUUGUUCUUCCACUACCCGCUUCCGAACUUCCGUCCUGACAAGGAGUUUAAGCUUAUCGGUACAUACAAUGAGAAGCACAAGCUUGUGACUCCCACAGACAAAAAGGUUCUCGACGAUGCCGUUGCGUGUGGUUACAAGGCCAUCUCUGUGGGCCACGAGCACGAAAAUGAUGCUUGUAUAUGGAAAACUGUGCAAGGCAAGGACAUUUUGCUCUGUUACAGCGGAAUCGCGGGUGAAAGUGGAGUGACGCGACUCGACAAGAAUUAUGAGAGGCGUUUCAGAGUGUUUGAGAUGAAUUUCGAAAAGCAGGCCAUGUUCAGCUGGAAGAGAAUGGCUUCCAAGUCUUUCGACCCACAAGCUGUCUGGCCUCUUAAUAAGUAG